UCCCCUGUCCGAGAAUGAACGAGACAAAUAACAGUUACUCAUAGCUGUAUGUAGCCGACCGGCUCGCCCGAAUUUGUCGAUUUAAAAGCGAUCCCGAUUUGUCAAGGAAAUAGUACGCGUUCGACUUUUCGGUGGUAUACUGUCCUAACGGAUUCUGGAAUGUAAACAUGUAUCUCUUACCGCUACUCUUCUGUAUAACAGUCGUAGAACCAAUUAAUGUUUUUAAUCGUACAUCGACUGACUACAUCGUGUGUGAGAGUGAUGCAUGCCGCGAAAUUGGAAAAGCUAUUCAGCGUGGAAUCAACAACUCUCUUGAUCCUUGUGCUAAUUUCUACGAUUAUGGAUGUGGUUCGUGGCCAACGAACAAUCCUAUACCGCCCAGUGAAUUACAAUGGGAUAUGGACGAUCUGUAUAUUCUGAAGAUUAAUCGUCGCGUAAAAGCGUUACUUGAGGAAGAGAGCGAAUAUGACGAACUGCCGCCUAUAAAGAUGCUCAAGCAAUAUUACCGUUCAUGCAUGGACGAAGAUGCGAUCGAGAGACAAGGACUUGCACCUAUAAUGGCAUUAUUAGAAUCGAAUGGUGGGUGGCCAGUUUUAAUGAAGAGAGAAGGCACAAAUUUGAAUUUCACUUGGCAAAAAAUCGACAAUGUUUACAAUUGGCUGUUUGGCGGUAGCAGUUUUUUUAAAAUCAGUCAUGAAGCUGACGAGGUGGACUCGACGCGCAAUAUACUUACGGUAAGUAUAGAUGACGAUACCUCUUUUACGGAAGACGAACUUGACGAGGAGGAUAACGUGUCACUCGAUACGAGCCUAAUCAAAAUGAGAAAAACAAUAAAAGCCUUUGCAACAUAUAAAAGAAUUAAGAGAAAUAAAAAAAAUAGAAACAAGGAAAUAACAAGGUUACGUGAAUUUCAAGAAAGAUUUGAAGAUAUCACUGAAUGCUCAAAUGAAGAGACCUUACAAGGAAUGGAGAUAAACCAAACUAAAAUGACGAUUUCAGAAUUACAAAAAUAUUACGAUUCUGCAGAAACUCAACAUGCAUCUGCGAAGAUAAACUGGCUGGAAACAAUACAAUUUAUUUACCAAAAUGUUAAUGUGAGUAUCGACGCCUCAGAACCUGUGCUUGUAUACAAUAAAGAGCUUCUGCACGAAUUGGCAUAUUUGUUAGACGAUACAUCGCCACGCGUACUUGUGAAUUUUAUACAAUGGAACAUAGUAAAUAAAUUUAUGCCGUAUCUGAAUAAAGAAUUAAGAGACAUUAAUUUCGAAUCAAAUUAUCAACAAUAUAAUGUGACCGAGCAAAAACCGCGAUGGGAAACGUGCGUUAAGGAUAUACCAUUGAUAGACGCCUUAUCCUACCUCUACACCAGAAAAUACAACUUGACAAAUAACAUAAAAGCUGUAAUUGAAAUGAUCGAGGAGAUAAGAACGGAGAUGAAAGUGCGCAUAUUACAUUCCAAAUGGAUAAAUAAUAGUACAAAGGAAUUUAUGAUAGCUAAAAUGGAUAAUUUGAUACUACAAAUCGGUUAUCCUAAAUGGUACAAUAAUCAGACUGCACUCAUCGAACAUUACGAAGAGCUGUCGGUGCAAAAUGAUUAUUUCGAAAACUAUUUGUCCAACUUAAUAUACAAAAAGAAGAAACUUCGCAUGAGAUUUCGCGAACCCAUAGACAAAUAUGAGUGGGCAGAAUCCCCUCUAAUUAAGAAUUCCUUUUAUGAUCCAUCAACCAACGGAAUAAUUAUACCAAUUGCCGAGAUCCAGGAUCCGUUCUUUACUCCCGGCAUGCCACUUGCAGUUAAUUAUGGCGGUAUAGGUAUGAUUGUUGGGCACGAGCUCGCGCACAGUUUCGACAGCAUUGGAAUGUUGUACGACGAGUUUGGUAAUAAAUUUUCAUGGCAUACUAAAGAAACUAAUAAGGCUUACGAAGAAAAAGUAAAAUGCUUCGUAGAUCAAUAUGACAAUUUUACGUUCGAUACGACAAACGAUGAAGAUGAAGAUGAAGAACCUAUACAAAUAAAUGGUCUACUUACAAAGAAUGAAAAUAUUGCUGACAACGUUGGCCUAGAAGUUGCUUUCGCGGCAUUUCAAAAACGCUUACUAACUGAGAGACCACAACCAAGAUUGCCAGGAUUAACAAAUAUCACCGACGAGCAACUGUUCUUCUUAUCUUACGCAAACGCAUGGUGCACAACAUCAAGAGAGUCGUACGAGAAAAAUAACGCUAAUAUUGAUAUUCACACUCCUCCACGAUUUCGUAUUAUUGGUUCUACGGCUAACAUGGCAUCUUUUUCUAGUGCAUUUAAUUGUGCAGUAGACAGUCCAAUGAAUCGUGAAUCUAAAUGUAGCUUAUGGAUAUAGUAUGAAAUAUUUAAGAGAUUUUACGUACUAAUUAUUUUACUAAUUAUUUCGAAUUAAAUAUUUUAAUGUCAA